UAUUAUUAAUACAUUCAUAUACGGAGUAUAGAUACAUUAUCAUUUGUCUUUACUGGUUUACCGUAUCAUCUCCAGUCGGCUAGUCGGGCAGUCCUUCGUCGGAGCCUUGCUUCUGUCUGAAACCUAAGAAAUGACCGCUGAGUCCAUGGACAACGAGAAGGAGAAGGGGCCGUCAGAUAGCUCAGUAAAUGGUGAAAUUGAAAUGAGGUUGCCCGGGAGAGUUCGUGAUCAAUUUGAGAUGAUCUUAUCUGAGUUGCUGAGUGUUCGCAAGGACUUGCGUAUUAUAAAAAAAGAAACCUCAGAGCAGAAGAAAACAGAGGACAAAGUACACCGCUUGGCUGAAAGACAAAGGGAUGAAAUGGUUAAUCUACACUAUCGUAUUGAGCAACUGGAAUCCAAAGUUAAGGAGAACCAUGCAUUACUGUUUGAAGCAGACAAAAAGAUAGAUGGAAUUAAAUCAGAUCUAGAGGGUAAAGAAGAUGAGUGUGAAGAAAUCACACAACAAAGUAAAUUUCUUCUCAUGAAGUUUAGCAAAACCAAUGAUGAUUUGCAGGACGCCUGUAAGGAGUUGUCAUGUGUAAACAAGACUAGUGGACAGAAUCUGCAGGAUGAAGUUGAUAAGUUGCGUAGUCGUGUUAAAGAAUUAGAAGAGGAACUCAAUGCGCAUGAGGACCUAGAGUCUAAAUUGGCUGAAAAGACGGAGGAGUUUGAACACAUGGAAGAUCAGUAUUCAGCCGCUAUUGCUAUGCAGCGCAAAGCUAAUGAGGAGUUGCAGGAAUGUCGCAAGAAGUUGAUUAAUACCUUGACAAGUUCAAAUAGCCGGGCUAAUAUUGGGGUGAAAAGAAUGGGAGAACUUGACACAAAGCCUUUUCUUGCUGCAAUUAGAAGGAAAUUUCCAUUGCUAAAGACUGAAGGCGAAGUGGCAGACAAAGCAAUAGAGCUGUGUUCUGAAUGGGAUUACAUCUUGAAAGGCGCAACAUGGCAUCCCUUCAAGAUUAAAUCAGAUAAGAUGGGCAAUACAGAAGAGGUGAUUGAUGAAGAAGAUGAAAAGUUGAAGAGUCUAAAGAGGGAGUAUGGUGAUGAAGUAUAUGCCGCGGUCGUUUCUUCUAUAACUGAGCUGAAUGAAUAUAACAGCAGUGGUAGGUAUACUGUGCCUGAGCUUUGGAACUAUAAAGAAGGGAGGAAGGCCACACUAACGGAGGCAGUCGAGCACAUAGUGAAACAACUCAACAUGUUCAAGAAAAGGAGAACCACCUGAUGGAGGUGUGAUGGUACUCAGCUUACAUGUCUGAAUCUGAUUUUCUCAUGUUUGCUCCACUUCCUUUGCAUGUUCGAAUUCUGAUAUCCUAUGGAGGCCACUAGCAUUAGUAUGCUACUUAUUGUGUUCAUUAUCUGGUCUAUAUUUAGCUUUUGGUAAUUAAUGUAUUCAUUACUCUUAUAUUUAUAAAAUACUCUACUUUUGUCGUAUGUUUGUUAGGCCAUUUUCAGUCCAG